GGAUUGAUAAAAAUGGGCAAGCCUAAAAUCCGAGGAAUAGAAAGCGUGAAUAUAGUUCCUUAGAGUUUCCUUCUGACGACUUUUCCGGUUUAAGCUAAAGACGCAUAUCUAGUUGUUAACCAAUUCUGGGCACGCUAGUUUCCGUCAGCAAAAGGAUUAGACUUUUGAGAAGCGACAGAGAUAUUGAAACAAGAAUGGGUGUUGUUAGGAUUGCGAUUGCAAGUGCGGCCACCAGGCCCCAACUAUUUCAGCAUUGCCGAUCAGCUGCUAACCCCACCGCCCCAAAUACUAGAUUCGCAUUCUUUACAGCUUCAGCUUCCUUUUCCUCUUCCUCCACGCCCAGAAAACUGAUACUCUACUCAAAGCCCGGAUGCUGUUUGUGUGAUGGCCUCAAAGAAAAACUCGAUGCUGCGUUCUCUCUUUCUGGCAUGAAUUCCAUUUCUGAUGUCCAGUUACAGAUAAGGGAUAUUACGAGCAAUCCUGAGUGGGAGAGGCUUUACCAGUACGAGAUACCUGUGUUGGCCAGAGUCCUGGAAGACGGCACAGAGGAGGCACUUCCAAGAUUAUCUCCCCGCCUUAGCGUGGAGCUUGUCCAAAAGAAGAUAGCAGCUGCAUUUGACCAAUGAAUAAUGAUACGAGGGGUUGUUCAAAACUUGCUUUGUGUAGGAUGGAGAAUUACUAUAUGGCAAUUCAUUUCUUGGCACCGGUUUGUCUACAUAUACUAUAGCUAAAUCUGAAGCAUAUGCCGAGAUUUGCGGUGUUACUAAACAAUCUCAAAUUUCUUUCUGGGACAACCAUUGGAGUGUGGGCUUCUGGUUUCAAGAUCGACAAAUAUGCAACAGUAAUAUCUGUUUUCUACAAAAUCUGUGAUGCAUGUUUCU